AUCUUUCGUCGAUCUUUAUAAAAGAGUCACGUAAAUAUAUGGUGCAAGUUGUCAACCGACUUGCAUCAUCAUCUCUUUCAGGCCUGCACGCUCACCGCAUGCCCGCCAUGGAAGGACGACAAUGUGAAGAAGAUCAACAAGAAGAAACUCUUCAAAUACAACUCCAAAACCUUCAGAGACAAGAAGAAGAAAAACCGAUCAGCAAUUGGCCUGUAGAGGCCGAGGAUCAGGACAACAAGUCGUUCCAGAAGGAGGAGUGUCUCGGCCGGGACCUGCGCGAAGUAGAAGAGAUAUUGGGGUACAAUUUUGAGAACAAAAGCUUGCUGGAGCAGGCAUUCACGCAUUCUUCGUUCUCAGGGGAUUGCAACUCGUAUGAGAGGUUGGAGUACGUGGGGGACGCGGUGCUUAACUUGCUCUUCACGAAGGAGCACUACUUCUUGUACCCGGAUUUGCCUCCGGGACCGCUGACUCGUCUCCGGGCAGCCAAUGUCGACACCGAAAAACUCGCUCGGACGGCCAUUAAACAUGGCUUGCAUAGGUAUCUCCGCCACAAGAAACCUCUUCUUAUGGAACAAAUUCAAGAGUUUACAGUAGGGAUUUCACAGUACCCUUUGCAUUCCAAUGGGCUGAUUGACGCACCAAAGGCACUUGCAGAUAUUGUUGAAUCUUCCAUUGGGGCAGUUUUCAUUGAUAGCAAUUCCUCCAUGGACACUGUGUGGACGGUGUUUAAGCGAUUGUUGGAGCCUAUAAUAAACCCCACAACCAUUGGAAGACAUCCUGUGACUGAGCUUUAUGAAUUAUGCCAAAAGAGAAAUAUGAAAGUAAAGUUUGUAGAUUUAUGGAAGGAAGUUACGGCGUUUGAGGUUCUCAUAGACGAUAGGCAAGUGGGAAGGGGUGAGUAUGGUCUUAAGAAAGAAAUUGCGCAUAACAGAGCGGCAAAGAAUGCGUUGGAAAACAUGGGAAGAAUACUUGGGGACAACUACAAAGAUCAUAUUGUCGAAGAUCGAUGAUCACCAUCCAUCGCGACUGCAUGCAUGCAUGCAUGCAGCAUGAAUAAUAACAAGCAACCUGCGCGCAGGAAUGCAAAAUACUACUGCUGAAUCGAUCGAUCAUGAACAGUACCCGAUUACCUUUUUUGUCUGUUGUCAAGUAAUUAAUAUUAACCUCACGUUGUAACAGUACUAUUAAUUGCUAUAAUAUUGUAUUAACACACACACACACAGACACACACACAUAUAUAUAUAUAUAUAUAUAUAUAUAUAUCUGAAUCAUUUGUUUUGAGGUUAUUUUGGAAGAGUUUACCGGCCAUAUAUAUAUGGACGGGAUAACGUUGGAAUGUUAUAUGUAUUUAUUA